AUGCUAAGACAAGCUAUCAGAAGAGCUUCCAGCCUCCCCCCACAUGCCUUGAAGCCAGCUUUCGGGCCAGGCGAUCAAACCGCCGCUAAAGCUUUCAAGGAAACCGCUGAAAACACACACCACCAUGCCAAGGAGACAUCUGGCUUGUGGCUCAAAAUCACCAUGUUUGUGGCUGCCCCAGCAAUUGCUUUGGCCGCCGUUAACACUUACUUCGUCGAGGCCGAACAUGCCGACCAUCGUGCGCAUUUGAAGCACGUUCCAGAUUCCGACUGGCCCAAGAACUAUGAUUUCCAAAACAUCAGAACUAAACCUUACUUCUGGGGCGACGGCGACAAGACCUUAUUCUGGAACCCAAUCGUCAACAGACACAUCACGGACGAGUAA